GGGAUCCAAUCCGGUUUGAGCUAGUUCUGGUACUGGUCGGACGUUUAUGUUAAGUUACAGAUCGCACUGGAGGUGUAGGCAACAGAGGUGUAGGGUUGACUCACAUUUCAUUUAGUUUCUUGAAGUGUUAAAGGCUGUGUUGUUCUUUUUUUAAACCCCUGCCGUACAAUCUAAGCAACAAUGGGAAGGAAGAAAUCCACCGGUGAAGCAGAUGCCACUGCAGAGCCACGGAGAAAGUCUCUAAGGUUGUCAGAGAAAGAGGCACUGCCAAAACCAGAGCCAGAAAAGACAAAGCCAACUCCCAAGGCUAAGAAGGUGAAAGAGGCAGCAAAGGCCAAGCCAGAGGAGAAGAAAGAAGAACCUCAGGCAGAGAAAGAGGAGGCUCCUGCAGAAAACGGAGAAGCCAAAGCUGAGGAGGCCGCAGCAGCGGAUGAGGCAGACGACAAGGAGGGCAAGGCUGAAGAGGAGGAUAAAGCAGCAGAGUAGUAGUGAAACCCCCAAAAACUCAGUUGCCAAUGCUUCCUUUACCUCCUUUCUUGUACAAUGCAGAGAAUAUUUUUAUCUACUAUUUUCUUAAGACAGCAGUGUUUUUAGGGAUGUGAUUGCAGAGAUGCAUUUAAAAAAAAUACUACAGAUUUCAUUCAAUUUCAUGGCUUCUGUGAAGGGAAAGUUUGCGUGAGUAUGUUUUGUUUUUUGUUUUUUUUCUUUCAUUGUACUUGUUUCUUCUCUGUCUCUCUUUUGCCUUUUAGGUUGUAGUUUUCUGCAUGACAUGCAGUCGUGCCUAUAUCAGGAAUUUGAUGAUCAGUUCCGGGAGAGUUUACCUGAGACAUUCCUGAGGUGGCAUUUUGAGGGAUUUUGUAACCUGUACUGUUUUGGAAUUUCAUACAUCGUGAUGCUAUGUGUUUGAUAGAAAAUAGGAUGAUUGGAAGUUUGAGAGUUGUGUUCUAUGCUAAGUAACAUCUUGUUCACAACGUUCACUUUAAUAAUGUUCACUAGUACUGGAAUCGAUCAUGUUGAUUUUUUUAUUUUUUUUGGCAGUCUGUGAUGGUACAUUUGAGGGCAGUUGAUUCGUAUUCUCAGCUGGGCUCAAAACAAAAUGCAUUACAGAGUCAAUCAUACUUGCUGUGUUUAUCCUUUUAGGAUAACUGUAUUUCCACUUCAGUCAACAAAAUGUAUUUGCCACAAAUCUGUUGUUGUAUCAUCGUGGUUUUGGGAUUUCUCUACUAAUGUACAGUUUCUUCCUUUUUAAAAAAAGAAAAAGAAAAAAGGAAAAAAAAGAAAAUGUUUUCUUUGUUAUCAGUGGUAUAAAAUGCCAAUUAAAGUGGGAAUUUCUCUUAA